UUGUGCAAUUCCGCUCAGACAAGUUGUGUGCUCCUUGGGACCGUGUGCGCUUUCAGCAUUCUCAAUCAAUCAGCAGACCCAAAAUCGACCAUUUCCGAACACAGAUAACAGCCAGAAAUUUACGCCAAAAAUUAACAGGCUCCGCCCCCCGCCAGUGCCCACAGCAGCAAACAGCGGAUCAAGUGCAUUAUCCAAAAGGCCGCCCGCCCAACCGCCCAACCGCAAUCAACAUCCCAGACAACGGAGCCAUAGAGAAAGAGAGAGACAGACAGAGAGAGUGGGAGAGAGAGAGUAGAAGGGAAAUAACAGUUCCGAAAGCUAAUAGCAUUUUGCUUUCUCUGUGCGUGUGUGUGUGUUUGUGUGUGCGUGUUUUGCCGCGUGUUUUCUUCCUGUGUGAGUGACUGUACUUUUUGGCGCCCAAAAACAUUCGCGCGAAUCAGCAGAAACAAGCAAACAAACAAACAAACGGACAGACAGAAAAAACAUUCAAACUAAUUAACAACAUUGCGACCAAGUGAAAUUUAAUGUAUUGACAGACCCACAAUCCAUCGAAUAAUUUGUACUUGCAAAGUACGUGUCUGGGCAUUGAUUUUCCCCUCUCUAAAGAAUUUUCGUGGACAGAAUUCUAAAUGCGUGCAGCUAAGCGACAGUAUUUUUGCUCAACACUAAAAUAAAUAUAAAGAUAUAGAAGAGAGAUACCCUGCACUCUUCACACUUCAGAAAUACAGAUACAAAUCUUAGCCGUGAUUAUUUGUUGCAUUUUUUGGACAAACGGAGGAAACGAGAUAGCGAGCUUAAGCCAGAAACAACAAAACAACAACAAAAACAAAAGAACAACAACAACAAAAACGUAGUACGACUAGCAAAAGACACCACCAAUCUAAUUUUGAACUAAAGAUAAAGAUAAUACCACAAGAAAUUAGCCAAAAUCUCUAUAUGUUUAGAAUAUAUGUAUAUUGAUCAUCAUAUAUGAACAAUAUAUAGCAUAAAGUUAUACAUAUAUUUACAACAAAGCAACAACAACAACAACCCCAAGGCCUCUUCCCUAGAAAAGACGCAAAACUGCUAAGAGACCGCUAAGAGAUCGCUGGUCCGAUAAUCAGAUACAUAUUUUAGUCCCAGAUAAGACACAGAAAGGCUUCAAGAUAGAUACCAUGGAGGACAAUAACACAAGCAGCAGUGCGGGCGGUACGUCCAUCAAACACGAGGACCCAUCGGUGACACUCACAAUAAGGCUGAUUAUGCAAGGAAAGGAAGUUGGUAGUAUUAUUGGUAAAAAGGGUGAAAUUGUCAACAGAUUUCGUGAAGAGUCUGGUGCCAAAAUUAAUAUAUCGGAUGGGUCAUGCCCGGAACGUAUUGUGACUGUGUCUGGUACAACUAAUGCAAUCUUUUCGGCAUUUACGCUCAUCACGAAGAAAUUCGAAGAGUGGUGCUCGCAGUUCAAUGAUGCAGGCAAAAUUGGCAAAACUCAAAUACCCAUACGAUUGAUUGUGCCUGCCAGUCAAUGUGGAUCGUUAAUUGGCAAGAGUGGCUCAAAGAUCAAGGAAAUACGCCAGACUACGGGCUGCUCCAUACAGGUGGCCAGUGAAAUGCUGCCCAACUCCACAGAGCGAGCGGUUACAUUGAGUGGCAGUGCCGAGCAGAUCACCCAGUGCAUCUAUCAGAUAUGUCUUGUCAUGUUGGAGUCCCCGCCACGCGGUGCCACCAUACCGUAUCGACCAAAACCGCAAGUAACUGGCCCUGUUAUAUUGGCCAAUGGACAGGCCUUUACUAUUCAAGGCAACUAUGCAGUGCCCACACAAGAGACCUGUCCAGUAUUUCCACUUGCCCUGGCUGCCGGCGGCCUACAUGCUGGUAUUUCAGGCUUGGCGGAUCCUUUGUUAAAGGGGGCACAUUUACAAGGAGCGGUACCAGCACACCACCAUCACCUACAGCAAAUGCCCGAUCAGGUGGCCAAGAACCCGUUGGCCAGUCUGGCUGCCCUGGGCCUGGCUGGCAUGAACCCAGCCAGCACUGGGGGCAUCAACCACACAGGUGAGUUGAGCGCUUCAUCGAUCAGAGGCCAGGCAGAUUUCCAAUCUAAUCUAGGCUCUGCCCCAGCAGCCCUGGCUGCACUGGCCGGGUCGCAACUGCGUACAGCCAACGCUGCCAAUCGCGCCCAACAGCAGCAGCACGAGAUGACCGUGUCCAAUGAUCUGAUCGGUUGCAUUAUCGGCAAGGGUGGCACCAAGAUUGCCGAAAUCCGCCAGAUAUCCGGCGCCAUGAUCAGGAUCUCCAAUUGUGAGGAGCGCGAGGGCGGCAAUACCGAUCGCACUAUAACCAUUAGUGGCAAUCCCGAUUCGGUGGCCCUGGCCCAAUACUUAAUCAAUAUGAGCGUUGAGCUGCAGAAGGCCAAUCUCCUGGAGCAGGCCCAGGCCCAGCAGAACGGUGGAGCGGCUGCUGUGGGGGGAGCUGGAGCUGUACCCGGAGCUGGGACCUCCGUCGGUACAUCCGCUGCGGGCACCAACGGAGCCCUGACCACAGUGGCCCUCGCCGCAGGAGGAGCAGCAGCUGCAGCUGCAGCAGCAGGUGGAGGCAGCAAUGGUAGCCCCACGGGAGCCGCCAACGGCAGCAGCAGCUCGAUUAGCAGCAAUGGCAGCGUCUCCGCCUCAUAUGCCAGCGUCAAUGGCGGCAACCAGAGCACUGCCGGAACCCCCAAUGGCACCGCGGCCGGGAUCAAUCCGGUGGCUGCCGCUGCCGCCCUCAACAGUCCUCUUGCCUCGGCAUUGCAGCUGCUGACCAAGCCGGGCGCCCUGAGCGCCCUGUCCAAUCUCAGUGCUCUCGAUCUACUCAGCCUCACGUCGCUGGGCAACGACAACGGCGGCUCGCCGGGCGGACCGCCAGUGCAGACGACCGGCGUGAAUCGCGGCAAGGGACAUUACGCGCGGUUCCGCCAGCAUCAGGCUGAGACCGGGGUCGAGUCGGAGAAGCAGCGCAACAAGUUUAAUCCGUACUAGGAGCAGGGGGACGCCUGCCCCGAAGUGCCGCCAGAUCAGGCCUGGAGAGGGAGCGGAGGGGAGAGGCCGAUCAACGAUUGAUAGUCGCUUAGUUUUGUAGAAUUUUUGCAUGAUUUGUGCAUAGCGUUGCGAAAGCUUUAGGGUUUAGGUUAUUGAACAAAAAGAAACAAACAAAAAAUGUAUAAAUUCGGUUCAGUUAUUCGUACCCAUUGAUGGGGUACACCCCAAUUCGUAUUGAUAUUCUUAUUCGUUUUCGAAAAUUCAAGACAAUUUUUACAUCUAGUUGAAGCCACAGUAUCCGAGUAGUUGAUAGACUUAUGCAAUAUUUAUCAAUGUUUUCGAAACACUUAACUAAACAAAAGAUAGAAACGCCAGUUAGGGCAGCUAAAUCUAUAGUAUCCAUACAUCGUACAUCUACUUAAUCGAUCGGAAAGAAAAGGAAAGGAAGCAAGCACUUGAACAAUAUUACGCGUAUCGAAUAUAUAGGAGAACAGAGUCAUCAUCUGUGAGUGGCCCAAUCAAGAUUUACUGACCAAGUGACCAAGGACCCUAGUUAACCCUAUGUUUAGACAGUUAUAGAUUUUCACAUCCCCCAAAAUACCCUUUGAUAUAUCCAAACUAAUAUAUAUAGUACAUACAUACAUACUAAUAUCGUACAUUAUAGAAUUUGCCAAAUUUUAGCGCAUCUCAAGUAGAGUUCUUCGAAGCAUAUACUUAUACUUACAUAUAUACUUAUAGUUAGUACCGAGUAGAUCACAUUAGUCGAAGUCUAAAUCGAAUAUCGAUAGAAAACAGGAAACGAGAGUAUAAUUUAGCCAUCACCACCACCACAAACAAUCUUUCCCCCAAGCCAUUCAUUGUAACAUAUAACACACGCUCCAAUAUCUUAUAAUCAAUCCAUUUUACUCCUUUUAGCUUGUAAGCACAAUGUAUUUUAUCCCUAAAAACCUAUUGCCUAUACCUAUAAUCCUAUACUCCUAUACCCUAUCCAUACAUACCUAUAUAUGUAUACUUAUAUCUAGAUUGUAAGCAUAAAGACCCCAAAAGCCAUUUGUCAAGAAGCAGAAGCCGAAAGCAUAUGAAAAAUGAAAUGAACUCAAAAGAAAUGAAAAUAACCUUCUAUAAGAAGUCAACAAAACAAAAAAUUCCAAUGCGUUGCGCCCCCGCCCGCCCGGUGCCAAAUCUCGGCACGGGGGGCGGGGCCAACGACCUUUAUGGACCAAUUCGCUCUAAUUGACACAAUCCACGCAAUGAGCGUACAAAAACCAAACUAUUUGAAUAGAGAACAAAUUAGACAGAGAACAGAGAAGAGCCAAGAGCCUGAAGAAUUCAGAUGAAGAUAAAGAUGAUGAAAUGAGGAAGAAAAAAAACGUUAUUAUGUAUUAGACUUGAAGUCUUCAAUUGUUUUACCCUAACCACUAUUUUUUAUUCUGCCCCCUGAUUUAUUAUGUAUUUAUGCGAUUGUUAUUAUUUGUAGACACAAAAACUGUUUUUGAAUUUGGUCGAAAAUGAUGUUGAAAAGUAUUUGGAAAUUGAAAUUUCUCUACCCUUAAUGUACACGACAUAACUGUAGUUGCUAAGCGUAAACCAUAAUUGUAUGAUUUUUCAUAUGAUUAAUAUUAUUAUUAUUAUUACUAGUAGACGUAAGACACAAAGGACACACCAUAUGUAACAC